AUGGCUAACCUUGAGAGCUCGAUAGCAACCAUCAUGUUGGGGUAUGUCUAUCCUGAUAUUUAUGGUAUUAAUUCCAAUAUUGUGAAAUAUGGUGGCUUUUUCGAUGAUCAUCUUGGGGAAAUCCCUCAAGAAAUAGCAAGUCUGCAAGGAUUGAUUUCUCUGAAUCUAUCAAGAAACACGUUGAGUGGAUGCAUAAUUAGGGAGAUUGGCCAAUUGAAGGCAAUGGAAUCACUCGAUUUGUCAACAAACAACUUGUCUGGCGAAAUCUCGAAGAGCAUGUUCGAUUUAUACUUUCUCUGUGUUUUGGACUUGUCAAACAACAAUUUGUUCAGAAGAAUUCCCUUAAGCACUCAACUGCAGAGUUUCGAUGCUACUUCAUAUUCAGGAAAUCCAAGACUGUGCAGAACCCCGUUGAAGAAAUGUCCUGGAAAUGAGCUACCAAAGUCGCCUAAAAAUAGCAAUAUUGAAAAUAGGAGUGAAAGUGACAAAGGAUUGUUUGAGCCUGUGGUUUUUACUGGGAUGGCCACUGGAUUCUUUGUUGGAUUUUGGGGAGCUUUUGUUUCGUUACUGAUUAACAAGUCUUUGAGACAUGGAUAUUUUCAAUUGGUGAAGAAGUUAGGAGAUUGGAUCAGAUUGAGUUUGCAACGCAGAGUUUGA